AUGCGUUUCCCGCUCAUCCUCAUCUCUCUGUCGGCCAUGGCCUGCGCGGCCCCGGCCUGGCAUCAAGGACCGAUCAUCUCAGACGACGACAACCUCAUGGAGCGAAGGGACAUUGUCAAGGUUGAAAUAGUCGAGGCACACACCAGCCGCUUCACAAACACAAUCGUCACCAAAAUCACGAGAUAUGCUACGGAUGCAGCCUCCGAUGUCCAGGGGUUUCUUACCGAGUCCUUCCGUGGCGCCGUGGCGGAUGGCAACGGCGAGGUCAUGACCGUGUCUUUCGGAAAGAAGGUCGCGCCUUUUAUGAUUAACCCUGGACGAGGAAAGGGACGAGGAGGCCGUCACCACCACAGACAUAGGAUUUCGCUUUUGGGCUUCAGGAAUAGAUUGGCUGUGUUUAUUCUGGCAUUUUCUUUGGUCCUGGCCGUUGCCUGUUCCUAUCUAAGACGGGCAUAUGUUGCUUCGCUACAAAAGCCAGUCGACUCUCCUGCUCUCGACACUUCUCUAGCAGAGAAGGCCUUGUCAAGGAGCGACAGACUAGAGGAGACGACAAAAUCAUGA